UCUGCUCUCCGGUUGCUCCACAAAAAACGGGAUCAUGAAGUUUUUGGAUCUUUUUGGACGUGUACAAUCCGUGGUUAUUGGAAUGAUUCAUGUUAAAGCCUUACCAGGAACCCCCCUGGGUUGCAUGAAAAUGUCCCAAAUCACUGAAGAAGCAUGCAGGGAGGCCGAAAUCUACCGCGAUGCAGGGCUUGACGGCGUGAUCGUCGAGAACAUGCACGACAUCCCGUACUCCUUCUCCGUAGGCCCUGAGGUGUCCACCUGUAUGGCCGCAGUCUGCGCUGCGGUGAGAAGCGUCUGUCCUCGCCUGCCGCUCGGAGUGCAAAUACUGUCUUCUGCCAACCAGCAGGCCCUGGCCGUGGCUCUGGCUUCAGGGCUGGAUUUUAUCAGGGCCGAGGGUUUCGUGUUUUCUCAUGUGGCCGAUGAGGGCCUCCUGAACGCCUGCGCCGGGGACUUACUGAGGUACCGCAAGCAGAUCGGAGCAGAGCAUGUGCAGAUCUUCACCGACAUCAAAAAGAAGCACAGCUCCCACGCCCUGACGUCGGACGUGAGCAUCGAGGAGACGGCACGCGCCGCAGAGUUCUUCCUCUCAGAUGGACUCAUCGUCACAGGAACGGCCACGGGAGUGCAAGCUGACCCGCGGCAGCUCAGAGAGGUUUCCCAGUCCGUGAGAAUCCCUGUGCUGAUAGGCUCCGGGGUAACCUACGACAACGUCGAGCACUACCUCGAUGCAAAUGGACUGAUCAUCGGGUCUCAUUUCAAGGAGGGCGGCCACUGGGCCAACGCAGUCGACCCAGAGCCGGUGAAGAGGUUCAUGGAAAAGAUACGUGACCUACGGAAAUGAGAACC